AUGGUACCUCUAUCAAGGGAACCAUCUGCUGAAUGUUUUCCAAAAUUGACAUAUUUCUGGAGUCACAAUCUCUCUCGAUGCCCUCUGACUUGUGUCUGUUGCCCUUUGACCUCACAGCUGUGCCGCUUCACUACUCCUGUCCCCCACCUCGCCGUCUACUCUGGCAUCUCUGACUUCCCCUCUGCCACCGCUUCGCCCUCUCUCCCUUUCCUGGCCCACACCCCAGCUUGUCCCUCCCCCAUCAGCGUGGCCUUGGACAGCACCUCGGCCUCUGAGCGGCGAGUGGAGGCCAGCGAAGGAGAAGGCGAGGGGAACCCUGCGGCUCGAGGCCCUGUAGGUGGCAACGUCUCCAGGUCUCGCAUGGCUUUGUCCCUGCGUCGUCUGCUGAAGCGCGGCUGCACCCCUUCCACCAUGUUCGCCAGCUUGUCCCCGAAAUGCCACUCAGCUGCUGGGACAAGUAGUCGAAUCCAGCCUAUCAGCCCGAAUCAACCCAGUCAGGCUCCGCCCAGACGGAUUGCCAAUUUUUUCCAGAUUAAAGUGGAUAUUCCUCCAGAGUGCCGUAUCUACCCCAUAGAGUCCGAAGACGAGGAGGAGGAGAACAGGGCUGCCUCCCGGGGAGGAGUUGGAGCCAAAGAGAUCAUCUGCCCCUGGGAGAGCCUCACCCCACAGAACGGGACGGGCUAAUUAGCUGCAUUUACAGGCAGAUUUUGUCCAUGUCCUGACAGAGAUAAAAGAUCUCAUACAGAGCAUAAAGGGGUAAAAAAAUGUCAGUGUUUAUCAACCCUGUGAUAAUGUGGCCAUAUUCUCACCACCAGGCCACAAACUACAAAAUAAAUACCAAACAUCAGGAGACACAACAGUCAAUCUGGGACACGAUGGCUGUUGGUUUACAGUAGCCUAAGCAUCAACUUACCAAGUUUUAACUACUUAAAGGAAACCUAUGUUUUGAGUGUCAAACACCAACCGCCUUUAGGACUGACCCAGUUUCGUGUCUGCUGCAGCAUAAUCAACCAUCAAACAAUCACAGUUUCUCUAAAAGGAGGCUGAAUACAGGAGGCUGUUUGUCAGAGCUGUUUAACUUCGUUACGGCACAGGAUUUUAGAAAUACUUGGCUCAUGAGUCCUAAUUCUUCCAGUGUCCCUGCCCUCCGAGAUAUAUGCAAAAAGUAACCUUUUUGUCUUUAUUAAUUUAAAGAUCCAGUGUGUAACAUUUAAAACGAUCUAUUGGCAGAAAUGAAAUAUAAUAUUUAAGUAUGUUUUCAGUAGUGUAUAAUCAGUUACUAGAUCUUCCCCGGAGUUCUUGUGCUUUCUAGUCUCGCAGGUUCUCAUGGAUCCUGGUGGUGCCUCCUACCAUGGUCCUGCUUGACUGCCACUGCUAAUAUCACUGAUAUUAUUGUUAUUAUUAUUAUUAUUACUACAGUUACUAUUAAUACUAUUGUCACUGCUCAUUGUCCCCCAUCGUUGCUGUUGCAAUUAUCUGUCUCUCUCUGUCUCUCUCUCUGUCUCUCUCUCUCUCUCUCUCUCUCUCUCUCUCUCUCUCUCUCACCCCAACUGGUCGGGGCAGACGACCACCCACCUAGAGCCGAAGGGUCUGUCCUAGGUUUCUGCCUCUUAACAGGCAGUUUUUCCUUGCCACCAUUGCCAAGUGCUUGCUCAUGGUGGUACUGUUGGGUCUCUGUAAAUAAUGUUAUAAGGAGUUCGGUCUAGACCUGCUCUAUUUGAAAAGUGUCCUGAGAUAACUUCUGUUAUGAAUUGGCGCUGUACAAAUAUAAUUGAAUUGAAAUUGAAUAGAUAGGGCCUUUGGACGUUCCUCGUGGUCGGGAAGGGAGGGUGAAACGAGUGAGUUCUUUAACUUCGCCAAUAGAUGCCUCUAAAUAUUACACACUGCAACUUUAAAGCAACAACAACAAUCUUACAUUUUUUUGUUGAUUCUGGCGUCCCCUGUGUACAAAAGAGGUAGUGUUUCCACCACCUUGUUUCACUUAUUUCAAGGGAAUUUGACCAAAUCCAACCCAGUCUUGCUGACGUUCUUGUUUGCUUAUCUAGGUCUUAUUGAGGCGUCAGUAUUAAAUUUAGACAGUUUCAUAACCACUUAAAAACUCCAUGGUUUUUUUCUGGCCUUUUUCACAUAGCCAAGGUUAGAAUUCUGGUAAAGAAAAACCCACCUUCCUCAAGCUGAGGAUGUGAUCUUGGUGGCACUGCAGCUGUGAACUUGUAUUCAACAACAUUUUGACAUAUUUGGUGUUUGGAACAAACCUACAAGAGGUGUUUGAUACUCAAAACCUAUGCUUUUGGUGGUGUAUUCCUUUGACUACAGCCUUACUGACACCAACCCUUACAGAUGUGAGCACCAGCUGAGCCAGCUGUUUAAUGUUGGUUGUUUAGUUUUGUGAGGCCCAGAUCCACUAGAGGACAACAGGGUGUACGGACAUCCAAAAGCCUUUUUGAAACUUGAGCUGUAGCUUUCACAUUCGAGCCUCAUUCUGUGUAUUAAUGAACAGUAGCCCAACAGCAGCCUUAUCCACCUUCACACACCUGAAAUGUUUGAUUUUGCCCUAUGAAGUGUCUACAAAGCAGGCAUGUACGGAGACAUUUUGACAACUGGGCGCCACAAGAUAACAAAAAAUGAAAAGAUAUAAAUAAACUAGUGUGUAUUUUUGUGAUUGCCAAGGAGCAUAAAUAAAACUAUUAUACAUACACAACGCAUUAAAGUUUACAUUCUCAAGAUUGAUUCGCCAAAGCAGACAGACACUCUUGGAUUCUGUCUGUACACAUGCCUGCGAAAAAUAUAGAUAAUGUAUUUAUAUAUUUAUUGAAUAAUGAUCAGUUUUCUGAAGUAGAGAAGUGUUCUUGUGCUGCUAAAUAGACUUAGAUGCCUCAUCCCCAGUUUACUUACCUCUUACACACAUUAUGUGACAUGACUGAAUAGAUGCAGUUCAGGUAAGCACAUGAGCAGCUUGUCUACAUGUUGCUUUUUUUUUUCGCUGAUCCACUCCUGACAGAUGUGCACUCUUCAUGAAUGAAGAGUUACUGUAAUGGGGGUCAGGUAAUAGUUUUGUAUUUGGCUCCACUGCUGUUUUGUACACUCUGCGUAGCGGUCGUAUACUGUACACUACUCUGAGCGAGGUGUUGAUAUUUUUCCUCUCUCCAUUGGGGGUUGGGGGGGACACACAGUACAAUGUGAAUUAACUGUCAGAAUGUAUUAUCUUUACCAUGUUUACAGAUGCAAGAAUGUGAAAAAUACCUUAAAUUUGUUGUAUUUGAUUUGUACAUUCCAUGGCUUGUGUCAAGUGCCUCAAUAAAUGACUGUCUUAACAAAA